AUGGCGGGAGAAGAGGAGGAGAAGAACAACCACGCGGCGGAAGUCGCGUACGCGCGAUUGGUUUCCCAUUUUUCUCAUCAUCAUCGAACGACCAAUGAUAACACGAGAGAGGACGACCAAGUCGUCGCGCGAAUGCACUCGUUAUCGCAAGUGCUGGAGGAAUUCACGGGUCCUGUCGAGAGGAGAACGGUCGGUGUGCGUUCGGUCGUGUGCAUCGCGAAGAAGUUAAUCGAGAGAGGAGGAGACGAGGAGAACAACGUCGAGAAGAGGCACUUUGGGUACUCGAUUUUACAACGACUUUUAAUAUCAUCGGCAAAAACGAGCAGCGAAGAGGAGGAGAUUUUUAUGAAGAACGAGUUCACGAAUAUAAUUUCAAACGAGUUACGUUUGACGUCGCGAGAUGGCGCAAAAGUGCCGUACCCGUUGAAGUCGAAAGUCGCGCAGAUUACGGCAGAGUUUAUUAAACGAGAAGGUUCGACGGCGUGGAUCGCGUUUAGCGAAACCAUCGCGAGGAUGUUGCGAUCGGCGGAUGCGUACGAGUGCGAGUUAGGGGCGAUUAUCGCGAGAUACGUGGCAGAAGACGUGGCGUUGCACUCGGACGAGGUGUUUGCGGAUAAGGUGAGAGAUUUGUUGGGUGGAAUAACGCAAACGAUUGGAGAGGUGACGGGCGCGAUGCGAGAGGCGUGGGAGAGGCAUUUUAGUAACAAUAAUGUCGGUGCGCCGGAGAUGCAGAAAGCGUCCGAAAAUUGCGCCUUGGCUGUUUUAGAGGCUAUCAGCGUGUACGCGGAGUGGGCGCCGUUAGUGCCGCUGGUCCGGAGUGGACUUGUGGAUAUAUGCUGCGUGGCUUUGUUGGUGCGCCUUUUGAUUUCUCUUUUGAUUUCUCGCUUUUCGCUUCUCGCGCUUUUGCCGAUGAUGAUGCACAAUUUUUGGAUCAACCAUCUGAACAUCCACCGUGAGGAUAAACUUUACAAAAACAUAUUAUAUGUCUGA